ACAUGUGGCGAAUGAUGACCUUGACCCACAUACCCGUUUGUCAGUCGUAGUUAUUCCAUCCGUGCUGGGUGGAACUUUGAAAAUGUUCUCUUCAAACGCACCGAAAAGUCAUUUGAAACAAUCUGGCAAUGUUACGCAUGCACAUUAUGAAUCUGACUCUACGCUUAUGUAAAAUAGUGAACCAAUACUUUCGCCGGUCUCUCGGGGAUUGAUCAACAAACGAUGGAUCGAUACUGGGCAACAUUCGAAUCACUAAACUUUUGACCAACCUAGAAGUAGUCUGUUGAACCAGCGCAACGGGUGCCAGAAACGGUCGAAUGAAUUCUAGUGAGUAUACAUCCCAACAAAAUGUGCACAAUGUUACACCAUCAAAGUCGGAAAGUUGUCUGACAGUUGUGGAGUCCCCAAUACAUACACAUUCGCAGGACCGAAAAGCAGCACCUAAUAAGAAACCGACCCGUCCGAAAUCAAAAGCUGUGCAUUUCAAGUCCACUAGUCCGAAGAAACGGAAACGCUCCACUUCGAAAAGUCUUGAUAAAAAGCGUCCAGUUUCUCCUAUAAUAAAGCAACGAACCCCCUCCCCGUCAAAAGUCCGCCGCAGUCCGUCUAGAAAGAGUACUAAGAAGCCAAGGGCCAGCAGCGGAAGUCCGCGUUCACCGAGUUGCAAGAAGAAACGUGCAAGUAUCGAGUCCCUUCCGGCGGGCUUUAGGCGUUGGACGAAAGUAGUGCGGCGGUCGAAGAAGAAAUCCGAGAUCUGCUCCAAAACCCAAUCCCCACAGUGCCGCAGUGACUUGGACAUCUCAACACAUUCUUCGGACUUUCCAAAGCACAAGACACCAGGUAAAAAAUCCGGCUUUCGGAAAAGUGGUAAAAUUGCAAAACCGCGCGCCGAGAAAAGACUGUCAGUGAAAUUACCGAAAAGAAAAAGAAAACGAAGCAGGGCCUCUUCGUCAUCUUUUCGAAACAAGAUGCUUCGAGCACUUGCUGCCAGAACUAGUCCCUGUACGUCCCCUUCUCAUAAGAAACAGUUUACUUCAAGGUCGACGGUCUCUGCAUCGUGGGUGAAUCGUUUAAGGCCUAGACCCUUGAAGUCGGCAAGGUUUAAGUGCUACCGACCAGAUUGUUUGACUCUGGCGUUGGAACAAGAGUACUUACGAAAGUCACUUCCGGUAACACCUGAUAGACAGAAGAAGAAGAUUCCUUCAAAGAAGAUAAAGGUAACUCGGAAAUGUAAAAAUGCAAACAACAUCCUGGCAGUUCCUGAAGCAACUGAGUUCAGGCAUGAAGAACGGCUGCUUGAUACAAACGAACUACGCUCUCCCCGCCCAAUCGCACCAACUGACCAACAAACAUGUGGCGAAACGCGCAUACUUCCCAGCGCGGACGAAACCGAGGAGAUUCUGUCCAGUGAACCGUGAUGUACCGAAUAGACUAGUUUAUUCUCCAAUGGAACAAUGUGUAGGUGAAUUUGAAUGAGCACCUUACUCAUUUAGGCGUUCCAAAGUACAAUAAGAACCUGUACCAGAGUGAAGCAUUUAUUGGUGCGUUGGAAGUUGGGAAAGUGUUGUCGGCACACUAGGAUUCAUGUAACCGUAUCCUCGUUA